UGUGUCUGUACAUUUCAGAAAAAUGGAUGCCGCUGCCGCCGGAGGAAACGGUGGCCAAGAAAAUCAGAACAACCCAAAUGAAAUCAACCCAUUUCAGAACAACCACCCAAUUGUAAUGAACGCAAAUGAUAUAGUAAUUGCCCCAUGGUCACCUUGGAUGAGCUUAGCUAGGCAAGAAGAUUAUAGGCAUUACUUUGAAUCUUAUUCAGGUACUUUAAAGGGGGACGAGGAUGAUGAGAAUAAGAAUGAAAUGUCUGGUAAGGAUCUUGAUUGGUUUUAUGAUUUGUCUAAUUUUGCCGAAUCUGCUUUGCUAGAGAUCUUGAUUAGGUUGCCUGUCAAAUCCUUGUUUAGAUAUAAGUGUGUGUGCAAGAAUUGGUUGGAUUUGAUUUCACAUCCCUCGUGUUCGAGGUUAUAUGUGUCUUCUAAGCUCAAGGCUUCCUCAGGCUUUAGAUUAUUUUAUCGUUAUGUCUAUGCUCCUGAGUUUGAGGAGGUUUUGAGAAGGCUGAAGCCUGAUGUUCUUGUUUCGAGGGAGUUUUCCGUGGUGUUUCUGUCCAGUUUGGAGGAACAACAGAUGUCCAAGCAGUUUAAGGUGCUGGCUGUGACUAAUGGUUUGGUUAUGUUUUGUUCGUUUGCGCCUUUGGUUUAUUUUGUUUGUGAUCCUGUGACUAGGCAGUGGGUGAGUCUUCCUAGGGGGAGGCAGAAUUCUUCGAUUUUUCAAAGGAGGUAUUUUGGGGAGGGACUUGUUAGUAAGGUAAAUGAGAAUAAUGUUGUUACAAGCUUUAGGGCUGUGCGCGUUGAGUGCCAAGAUGUGGAGUCCUUUUCCAUGGAUCUGGAGGUGUUUGCCUCAGAAACUGGUGUGUGGACAGCUCAUACGCUAGUUUGCCCUAAGAAGAUUCAGUUGCUCAGGCGAGGCAUUGGACCUAUCGAUUUUAAUGGGAUAGUGCAUUGGUUUGUGCAUGACAUGAUGGUGGCUUUUGACCCCUACAGGACUGAUAACCAAUGCCGGUUUAUUCAGUUUCCAGAUGGCUGCGACACUAAAAAUGUGGAAAAGCAUGACGGUCUGUACCGGUUAUGCAAUGUGAGUCAAGGGAAGCUAAGAUAUUUUGAAAUAGCUCCGGAGCCUUCUGAACUCAUUUGUUUUAAAAUGUGGGUGCUCGAAGAUUAUGAGAAAGGGGAGUGGCUUAUGGAGUUUCAAGUAAGCCGUAAUGAUCUCUUCUCAGAUGACGAGAGUUUGAGCAACUUGUUGCCAACAGCCACUUUUAUCCCUCUGUCAUUCCACCAGUUUGAUGCUGAUGUUGUGUAUAUGCGCUGUGUGGAACGGUCUUGUAUUGUAACUUUUAAUUUCAGAGCUAAACGGAUGGAUGUCACUUGUGAAGUUGAUGGUGGCGUUGGAGACCUCUCUUGGCGUGUGGUGAUUCCAGUUGUGCUUUCCAUGUGGCCUGCACCGCUUCCUCGCCCCAGGAAAGGAGUCACUCAAGCAGUCAUUGAUAUGUGACGAGUAAUUUCUUGUCUAAUAACCUCCAUGAUCACCAGUGGUGUGUGAUGGUUAGCUAUAAAUAUUGGUUUUACUCCUACUUUAACAAACUGUUCCAACUGUAAAUUAACUCUUAUCUGCAUUUUCUCAUGU